AUGGACCUCAUGUUGGAUGAGCAAACAGCGGGGUCUUUUUUGCACUUCAUGUAUGUUUGCUCGGCCGUGUUUGCGGGGAUCAAGACGUAUGACCAGUCUAAGGAGCCGAUCUGCAACCACGACCCAAAAGACCCCAUUGUCCGAUACAUCUUGAGGGCAUUCAUCGCUUAUGAGCUAUACCUGAAGCUCUCCGAUGGUAUUCCCGAUGACCUCAACGAAAGGGAAGCUUGA